AUGCAAUCGACAGCGCGGACAUUACCAUUACCGAAACAACGAAUAACGACAUACGGGCCGGACGCCUUAGGGCCCAACUUCGAAGUCGACUAUGUUGAUUCCUCUAAGUGGCUAUCAGUAUUCUUUUGUGAAGCGGAAACCAUCAAACCGGCUAUUCCUAAUAAGGAGGAAAGCAGAGGUUUCAAGGGAUUCUGGAAAGAGUUUGUUUGGUUCAUAAGUGCGGUCAUCCGAGGCAUGGCUCAGCUGACUUGGAACGACAACAUAUGGACGGGCCUUGGUAUCUUGGCGGGUGCCUGUGUUGGUAACUGGUGUGUUGGUAUAUGUGCAUUUAUUGGAUGUUGUUAUACAACCGGUUUUCCUCUACUAUUCGGACCACCUGAGUUGAAGCCUCUGGUGGGCUCCGGAAUAUACGGUUUGAAUGGUACCCUUCUAGGCAUGGCUAUGGGCUGCUUCGAUGCUAGGGCGUCUCAAGCGAGAGCAUUUGACGAUGUGAUGCGAAGUUGCUGUCGACUUUUUUUGCCACUUAGUUUUAUGGCGGUUUUCUGCGCUGUUGUUACUCAGUGGUUGAAUACCAAAUGGACCGCCAAAACUGGGAUUCCCGCAUGCUCCUGGCCGUACAACAUUUCCAUGUGGACCUGGAUCGCAUGCGCAACUCUUACCACUAACUUCCAAACUAUUUAUACAGCUAACCCAGUGUCGGCACCGCAAUAUGGACAAGUCACGGCUGAGUGGUUUUUCCGCAGCUGGAUGACGGGAAUUUCCCAAAUGAUGUUCAGUUUGAACAUGUGGUCUGGUUUUUGUCUGUUGGUGGGCGCAUUUAUUGGCUCCCCUUCGUCGUGUUUUCUCACUAUAUGGGGUUCCCUUAUAGGAGUUGUUACUGGAGUGCUCCUAGGGAUGCCCUUCAACUCGAUAAUUGGGCUUGGAGUGAUUGGUUUCAAUCCGAUCAUUUACGCGACGGGAAUGGGCGGCCAAUUUGUGGCGCCGAGUUUGGUUGGCUUCAUGUGGAUGACCUUUGGUUGUGUAUUGUGCGGAAUCCUCGCGCAGUUGGCGACUAAUCUUGCUGUUCUCCCAUGGGGAGGCGGAUCGUAUUCGGUGCCAUUCACAAUGAUGGUAACGUUUAUGUUUGGUCUGUUCCAGGAGGAUGUGGUGGCUAGGGUUCCAUUGAUGCCAGCUCGGUUAUGGAAAAAUAUAGAACGCGUGUGGGGAGCUAAAAGCCGAGCUGAUCAGGCGUGUGGAAUUCUUAUGAGGAUCUUGACUACUGGUGGUGAGAGGCAGUCGUAUGUCAAGGAUGAACAGCAACCGGAAGCGCCGUCAACAGCUGAGGAUAGUUUAACGGUGACGUCACCAAGUAUGGAGUUUUCUGCUACUACUACUAGUAUUCAGAGUAACUCGAGUAGUCUUAAUACGACAGCUAACAACAAUGGCAGCAAGGAGGCUCAUGUGGAGGGAGCUGUGAGGAGAAGACCGAGUGUGGUUCUUCGCUUAGCUGAAGAAGGACGUGUUGCUUCUGGGAAUGCGCCCAUUACUGAAUCGGAUAUCGUGGAGCUGUUGAUCUGUGCUGGCGACAUGGGAAGUCAGGUCGGGUUAACUGCCAACGACGGGCCGGAAUCAGGCUGGAGGAAGGCUGUGUUGGAGACUGCUCUCAGGACUCACGGCUCUAGAUUUACUAAGACUAUGGAUGAGCACUUACCUGUUGGGACUAAGUCAUUGAGAGUGGCAGCUCGGGAAAUAGCGGCUACGACGAGAGUGUGCAAGAGGGUGCAUGAGGAUGGAGGACGAUGAGGAUGAUGAAGUUUAUAUAACCGUAUUGGGCAGUAGUUUUAUAGUAGUUGGUAGCACUCGGAGUAAUUCGCUCCGCUAUAAUCGUCCUUCUCCUCUUCUUGUUAGUACUGCUGCUGCUGUAGUUGCACUAGUCUGGAUGUUAGAAAACACUGUGUGCAUCAUCGUUCUUCCACGUGAGUUGUGGGAUGAUGUAAUCAUCAUUAUCGUACUUGUUGUUGUUGUUGUUGUUGAGUAUUCUCUAAGAGAGUUCGCUCACUGAUGGUGGUUUACUGCUAGGAAAUGAGUGAAUCCACUAUCACCUAUAUUAUAUUUAUUUUUUUACUGAACUUUAUUUUCCUGUCGGCCUCGCCACUGGCCGUUCUGCUAAACUCAAUCUUUGUAGAACUCGAGGGUUCUCACUGUAAUUUAUCGUCUUCUUAACUUUAUCUAUCUAUCUGGUAGUCAGUAACGCAGUAGUAGUAGCUACAUUAUGUAUCCA